ACGUGCAAAAAUAAAUGAGAGAAACGAAGAUCAUUCAGACAUUUCAUUUUAUUGAAUUGAAAUUUAUAUUCGGUUUUCAUCAGUGACAUUGUAAGUAACAGACACCCAAUGAUCCGACGACACAAAAUUCCAUUCGCAUUGUCACUGAACAGAGGAUUAUAGGAGGCUAUCGUCGAUUAACCAAGGCAUUCAGGCGUUUAGAAAUAGAAUCAGAAUCUGACUGUCACUACUCAGUGAUAAUUUGAUAGAAAAUGACAACUAAAGUAUUAGCAACAAUAUCAAAUCGAUCCAUAAGAAAUGGAUGGUGGCAGUUCAACAGUUUGAUUAUGAGCAAACCAAAUACACAAUGCAUUGUAAAUCCUUACAUGAAUAAUUUAGCCAGCCACAGAUGUUACAACAUACCAGCUCAUUGUAAAUACUCUAAUACUUUUGAAAAACUUCAAGAAUAUAUGAGAGGAGAAGAUUUAGCAGAUAAAACUAAAAGAGAUGUUGUUGAGAAUGAAAAAGUAGAAGAAAAUCCUAGUGAUAUUUUGGCUAACCUCAACCCAGAGCAAGAAAAGACAUUAAAAAUUCUGAAGUUAGAGUAUCAAAUGAUGUCAGAAGAAAACCCCCAGAAUAUUCCAGAAGAAGUGACUGAUUCAAUGUGGGUUGAAUUACUUAAAAUAAAUUCCAUCAUUGCUAGAUCUAAGCUGUACAGAUACUACAAAAGCAUAGAAAAAUCGAAGCAAAAAAAGAAAGAGGAAAAAGAGAUGAAAAAAGAAAAUAUGGAAGAAAUAAGUCAUCAAGAUGAGAGGGAGCAUUCAUUUGCUAAAAAUACUAUUUUUUUACGUGUUUUGGACAAAACUAUGAAUAAAUGUUUUUCGGAUAGAUUAACUAAAUCUAUGCAGUUUGGACCUCAUCUAGUGUUUGAUUUAGGAUUCGAAAAGCAAAUGAAACCAAGAGAAAUAACAAACACUGUAAAACAGCUCAAUUUAUGCCAUGGUGAAAACAAAUGGACAAAAGAACCCUUUCAUUUUGUUUUUACGGAUGCAGAUCCCAAGGGUAUUUUUCUGAAUUCUUUUCAUGCUGGAAGUCAUGGUUCUGGACUAAGUAAUUGUUACACAGUUACGGAUAAAAGUUAUUUAGAUCUUUUUCCCAAAAAAGAUUUGGUUUACCUUUCUCCCCAUGCCCAAAGAACAUUAAAGUAUUUUAAUCCCAACAGUGUUUAUAUUGUUGGUGCUUUGGUUGAUAAAAGUGUGCAGCAGAAAGUGACAUUAGGUAAAGCAAAAGAACAAGGUAUUAGCAUCGUUAAAUUCCCUCUGGAUCUACAUCUAUCGUGGGGUAUUGGUAAUAAAUCUCUAACUUUAGAUCAGACUUUUAAAAUUUUGUUGAGACUAAGAGAAACCAAUGACUGGAAAGAAUCGCUUCAGUUUGUGCCAAAGAGAAAGUUGGCUGAAGCUGAGCAUCCAAGAAAUAUUAGUGAAUAUCCCAAAAAGCGUCAGAAUAAUUAUAACAAAAAAAGACAAUAUUAUUAAAGUGUGCACAUAUAUAUGUAUGACAAAAACAAUUAGACAAUUCAAUGUAUAUAUGACAAAAUGAACUUUAAGAUGGUGUGACUGUAACAGUGCUUAUUAUUAGCUUUAUAAAAAUAUUAUGAUGCA